AUGGCAGAAUUAAAUUUCGAAAAUUUAGAACUAAAAACAUUAGCAGAGCAAAAUGAUGCAAUAGAAAAUGCAUUGAAGCAUCACAAUCCCUAUCAUGAAUUAUUAAAAGUAUUUAAAACUUAUGGACAUUUUAUACUUAAAAGUAUCAUUUUUGGACAUAGAUUAUAUAGAGCAUGUUAUUUAGAUCUAAAGGAAGUUUCACCACGAUCUGUUUGGGAAAGUUUUGACUUUGCAACGAAUAAUAACGACAUUUUGAAUGAAUAUGAACUUAAAAAAUGGGUGAACCUUUGCCUAGAAAGUAAUAUCGACUCAUGGCAAGUUAUAAAUUGGAAGGGGUUAGAUCCAUUAUACAAUAUAUUGGAUCAAACACUCCAAAAAGAUAUUAAAUUUAUGCUUGGAAUUGGUGAUCAAACAAAAGAACUUAAAGAAAGGGUGCUUAUGACAGGAAUUGGAUUUUUUAGUGCACACACACGAAAUCUCGCUGUAUUGGCUUUAGGUAUUCACUCGUUCAAAUAUCAUGAAAGGUAUGAAUAUAAGCCGCCUGUUCCAAAAAGGUUACUAGAAACUCCUGUUAUUUGCGAAUAUUCCAACGGCGAUGCUGAUGAGGAUAAAAAAGAGAUCAUAGAAUAUUCUAACAGUGAUGUUGAAGAUAACAGCAGUGAAGAAGAAGAAGACAAUACAUCUGAUGAUAAUCACAAAUGUUUGCUUUAA